AUGUCAUCUCAAAAGUCGACUAAACCGGAUCAGGGGCCCUUGAAUGCGACAGGACGAUCGCCAGGCAGGAGGGAUCAAGUCCAAAACGCGGCCAGUAUCGCGCUGGAUGUAGUCGCAAACGUAGCAGAGGCGUCGGAUAUCCUCGCUCCGCUCAAAGCAGCCUGCAAAACAACAAAGUCAAUCAUAGAUGUCAAGCAGGCCAUCGACGAUAAUCAAGGAGACUGGAGUGACCUUGUACGCCGUCUGGAGGAAUACAUGUGGGCUAUUGAGAACCAAAUCGACUCGCUCGAGAAGUAUCCUCCACAGGAUAGGGUUGUCGACGAGGCUUUCAGCCAGCCACUCGUUCGUUAUGUCGAACUUCUCGAGGAUAUUCAUUGCGCUAUCGUCAAUGAUAGGCAUAAGCGACCCCGCACCAGCCACGGUGCUUUUACGGCCAUCGGAAAAGUAAAGGUCGACGCAGGGCUCAUUCGUAAAUUCAAUCGCGAUAUCGAGGACCGGCAUAGGCAGUUCAUGGAAGCGUUGGCCCUCUUCACGGGCUACCGAGUUCAUGCCAUCGAACACAAGGUAGAAGCAGUCUCCUCAGACGUCGACGCAUCCUUUAUUUUCCAACUUCCGAUGGUGGCAUCUGCCCCAUCCUCGGUCCAUAGAACCUGUUUACAAGGAACUCGACAGGCUGUCCUCCAGACAAUCCAGAAUUGGGCUGAGGACGAUACCUCUGAUAAGCCAAUAUUCUGGCUCUGCGACAUAGCCGGCUCUGGCAAGUCCACAGUUGCAAUGUCGGCAGCCGCGUCCUGGCAUGUCGAGGGAAAACUCGGAGGCCAGUUCUUCUUCUCGAUAGCCAAUAGCGAUACAUCGACAAUGGAAAAGUUCUGCUCGACCAUGGCAAGAGACCUUGCCCAACACAUUCCCCAACUCGCACCCCACGUCGCAGAUGCCGUCAAACGGAACCCAUCUAUCAUGCGGAGUUCGUUGGAGGACCAAUUCCGUACACUCAUCAUCGAUCCACUCCGUCAUCGAGACGGACGCGUAGUUCUUGUCAUCGACGCCAUAGACGAAUGCAAAUCUGGACCUCAGCGAAAGGAACUUGUCGACACGCUUGCUAAAGCCGUUCGACAAAGCAAGAACCUCAAGGUAUUCAUCACGAGUCGGCCAGACGCCGUCAUCGAAUCGGUUCUUCAACCACUCUCGAUCAAAUGUAAAUUGGAAGACCGGUUGCAUGAUGUCAAACAUCGUGACAACGUAGAUGACAUCGCGAUGACCAAAGUGGAGAUUGACGUAUACAAGCUCAUCUUCGAGAGGAUAGAUCCCAAAUACCAUACCAUCAUGUGGAGCAUGCUUGCACUACUGCUCGCUGCAUUCGAACCACUUACCGAGGAUCUUGAUAACAUUCUCAAGCAUAGUAGACUACGGGGAAAUUCCAGGUGUUGA